ACCUUCAAAUAUCUACUUAGAUACUGCCGCCGCUGCCCGCCUUCAUCAGCAUCUCCAACUCGGAGUCAGUCUCACUCGCUUUCAAUCCUGCUCCUCUACGUACUUGCCGCCCAAUUACCCUUCCCAUCCAUUUCAAGCUCUCGGAAGAUCUUCGAUAAAUCGAUCCCCUGAACUCUGCUCAAUCCCAAGAACCUACAUCCUGCCACGAUGGCCUCGCGCGCCCAGCCAGCGGCUUUCGCCCUCCUCCGCACCACGCACCACACCCUGCGAACGGGCAGCACAAACACCAGCAUAGCCGCACCUACCACGAUCCGUCCGCUCUCCACCCUCCAGACCAGAACACCCUCCCCGCCACCGUACCAAACCUCCUCCUCCAAGUACCCGUCCCCAAGCACAACGCACUGGACCCGCUUCCGCACGCCCUACUCCUUCACGUCAACACGGCGCUUCACUCGCCCGUCGGCCCCUCUCCUCCUCGCAGACCACUCCUCCUCCUCUUCCGCGUCAUCAACACCUCCCCUCUCCCAAGAAACCACCGACCGCAUAAACGCCAUCAUCGAAACCAUCACGGACCUGUACGGCACCGCGCGCGACGAGUUCGAGAUGGCGGCCGAGGAGACGGAGAAGAAUACGACGUACGCGGCCGAGGACCGGCGGGCGGCGCGCGAGGCGGUGGACGAGCUGAUCAAGUAUUACGAGCAGUGUUGUGGAGGGACAUUAGUGGGCGGUGGUGCUAUUAGGAGUGAGGGUGGAAGAGUGCGCAUGUGUAUGGAUGAUCGGAGUGAUGGAGUAAUAUGCGAGAGAAGGGAGAAAGACGGCGAUUGUGGAUAGAUGCGCAAGAUGUUCGACCCUGUAUACACAUGUACCAAUAUUUGCAUAGAAAUGGAUUUCACGCUCCAACUCCAUUCCAAUAGCGAUACACAAUGCGCGCCAGGGUAUUAUCCACAGCAAC